CUCAUCCUGCAAAGAGCCUAUGCAGUCCUUAUACCUCAAAGACUGCUACUAUACUACAGAGAAGAAGAUUAUGAGACACAUCCCUACGACCCCCAAGUAUUUCUGGAUCUGCAAACGUGCCUAGCCGUGCAAAGGACCGAAAGCGGUGCCAAGAGUCCUGAGUUCCUGCUGCUUCUACUACCUGGAGGAGCCAAGCUGUUUGUCUGUGAGUCCCUUGCGGAGCGCGAACAAUGGAUUAAUAAGAUCAACGUGGCGAUGGAGGCUGAUAUUCAAACGCGAAAAAUGCAACAGAUAUUGCAGGGCUUAUCUCUAAAUGAUUCUUCUAAUUAUACGGUACGGAAGCCCUCGCCGAAACGGGCUAGUUCACUUGAACCUCGGCUGAUCAUACCGACUUCGGUGCCGCUUACUUCGUCGGAAACCCUAAUAGUUGAUUCCAGUCAAGCCCCCUUGACCAAUCCAAUACAAACUGCGGUUUCAACGGAGACGCAUUCAACAUCGUCAUCCAAGACAGCAGCAACUGACGCAACUUUGCUUGCUUCCAGUGAAAAGUCAAUGGAUUACCAAUCAGAAAAUGCACAGCCCGGAAAAGAUAUUUCAAAUCCUGCGCCCGCAGAGCAACAUAAAACUGAGGAUAACCCAGAAACCUUAGGAGUUACUCGGGACUCAGACAGUUUGCAAGACCGGGAAAAUUCCGGGCAGUACUCAGAGACCUUUGUCUCGGUUUGUGAUACGCGCGAGAGUGUGGACUCGGGGUUAUUCUCUGCGGAGGGCACGGAAUCUGAUGGAUGUUCGUGUCUUACAAAUAGUCACGAAACAGAUGAGAUAGCCAAAAUUUUACGAGAGGUGCACCCUCACCUUUUCGGUGAACCCUGGAGUUCCGCUCAGCAACAGAAGGUGGACACAAAUGAAUCAGGUUUUGAUCCCUAUGGACAGCUGAUCGCAGUGACUGCGGGAUGCUCAGAGGAGCAAGUCUACGGAAUCGUGGGAAUCAAGAAGACAGGGACUUCGGACACUGUACUCGCAACUGCCAUUGUGGACUGUGUGCUGAUGGCCAUCCGGCAGGAGCGAGUGACGGGUAGUCUGCCGCCUCUAAGGGAGGAUGAACGUAAUGCAGACUCCAGUCUGAAGGGCCUUCUACGCAGUGCUACGGAGAAUCUCUGUUUUCUCAUAUUCGGCCGGCAUCGAGAACCUGCGGCAGAGCGGGACUUGGCCCCUGAAAAGGGUGAUUGCGGUGGCGGUGUCAGUAGCGAUGGUGGCCAUAAUCUUGAACGUGGGGAGGCAGCACACCUCCUCCAGCAGGAUAUGAAACAGAUUGAAAUGGUGUUGCCUGCCUACCUCGUGCUCUGUUUCAUAAUCUACUGCCUGUCCUCGCGGGGGAGUUCGUCAACUUCAAACGACCAAGCUAGUUCUAAUGCAGAGGACGUUCUUCGUCAACAGCAGCAGUACAUCUAUCAGACUCUAGGGUUGGACAGUCCUCAGAAUAUAAAAUCAAUUCUGGAUGCUAUUGGCUCUAUGUCAAAUGAAUUUCUGGAGCAAGUAGAAGAGGAGGAAGCCUCUUCUGCCUUCUCUUAUGAGCUCGGACAGGACGGAUCAUUUACCGAAGGAGAACUGGUGGCGCAUAGCGAGGAUGCUGGCGGCCUGGUAGCGGCAGUGGUUCUCAUGCCCUCCUCUGUGUAG